CACAGCACAGCACAGAUAAGCCCUAAUUGUUAUGCAACUCCUUAGCAUAAGCUCCUGGCAUGGCUCAUAUGCUUCCCUUGUACUAAGACUGUCCAAAAUAGCAACAAGAAAGCAUGUAACUAAAGACACAGCAGGAGUGUAGGAAUUCACCCAGGCCUUGGAUGUUGUAAAGAUUGAACAAUUCUUCAUCUCGAACUCUCCAAAAUGCUAAGCAUAAUGUAUUUUCUUCGGAGCUUCUUCAAGACCCCACAGCCAGUUGAAAACUACAUCAGUGAAGGAGAGUUUGAAGACGAUCUGAGUUCUUCUGCCCCGAGCACAACGGAGCUGGAGGUCCGUGGGUCCAGCCAAGAAACAGAUGAAGAUUAUUUUGAAACCGUGUCACAUCAGAGUGGAUCUUUGUCAGAUGUAAAAACUGAGCCUUAUGAGAGUGCAUCAGACACAGAAUCCCUUUCCAGUGACAUAACUGGGAAUGCUUGCUCGGAGUCAAACUGCCUGCUUACUGAAAAAACCCCCCUGUGCUGUAAUCUUCCCAAAGGAAAGGCAGAAACCUCCCAGGAACAGAACAGCUCCAGGCAACCAGAGUUCACCCAGCCUGGACAGCUAGAAUUGUCCUCCAAAAUAAAAGAAGCACCAAGCAAAACUGAAUUUUGCAUCCAGUGUGCAGAGUUAGAAGGUGAAGAUUUGGGUGAUGAAGAGCUAACGUUAUCCAGUGAUGUUUCCACCACAGACAGCCAAGUCUAUGAAGAGAACAUUUCAUCACAGGCAAAGAGAGAGUCUGUAACAGCACUGCAGAGUAAGGCAGAGUUAGAAAGCAGGGAAGUGCAGUCUACCAACCCAGUACUUAAAAAAAAUGACAUUGCAAGACUGAAGGAACACCCUGCAGUAUUCAGCAUUGCUUGUUUCAAAGCAAACUCAGAAAGUUGUUUGAUUUUUCCUGAAGUGCAGCAGUUUUCCUUCCAGUCAGAUGCAGCACCAAGCUGCAGUUUGCCUAAUCUGCAUUUUGAAACAAAUGGGCCUAACAUUAAAAAAGACACUGAGACACCUGACUGUAAGUGUGAAUUAGAGUCUAUGUCCAGUAUAAAAUGCAGCAGGAGGAAUUCAGCUGACAGUGAGGACACCACAGGUAAAAGGAUAAAAUAUGGAAGUACAGAAACCAUGCUGACAUCAGAUUCACUCUCCUACCAGAGUUGCUUCAACCCAAAAUCCUGGCUACCACAAAAAAGGUCAGAGAUUAUAGAAAGUAAAACAUGGCACAGUGUACCUGAAAACAUCAGUGCUCAAAGGGAGACAGAAUGUGUGGUGAGCUGUAUUCACCCAACAGACAAAUUUAGAUGGUCAUGUUCCAGAAUACAUCUUCAAGAGCUGGAUUUUGAAUACACUUGGAAAAACUUAGGAAGGGUAACUGUGAGCCCUGAAAAGGCUAUAGAAAUAGAGGGCCAAUUUGGCAUGGAAAGAUCUUUUCUUGAUACUGACACAGACUCAAAGGUGUGUCAGGUUUCCCAACCAGCAGCCUCUCCCCAGUGCAUUGAUCCUUGUUUGCACUCUAAAUCAGAGACAUGUGGCCUUAGCCCAGAGCCAGCUGGUACUUGUGCUGACAGCUUAACAUGGAGUGAUGCUUGUGAGGAUCCAAACCAAGAGGAGAGAUCUUCUUCCCUGGAUUGUGAUCCAGGGAUCAUAGAUGCUGAGGAACUUACACAAAACAAUGAGUGCAUAGCUGAAAGAGAUCCACAAGUGAGCAGAUUCCCAUGUGAUAUUGAUACUGAACUUACACAAAACAAUGAGUGCACAGCUGAACAAGAUCUAGAAGUGAGCAGAUUCCCAUGUGAUAUUGAACUUACACAAAACAAUGAGUGCAUAGCUGAAAGAGAUCCACAAGUGAGCAGAUUCCCAUGUGAUAUUGAUAUUAAACUUACACAAAACAAUGAGUGCACAGCUGAACGAGAUCUGGAAGUGAGCAGAUUCCCAUGUGAUAUUGAUAUUGAACUUACACAAAACAAUGAGUGCACAGCUGAAAGAGAUCUGGAAGUGAGCAGAUUCCCAUGUGAUAUUGAUAUUGAACUGACACAAAACAAUGAGUGCAUAGCUGAAAGAGAUCUGGAAGUGAGCAGAUUCCCAUGUGAUAUUGAUAUUGAACUGACACAAAACAAUGAGUGCACAGCUGAACGAGAUCUGGAAGAGAGCAGAUUCCCAUGUGAUAUUGAUGUUGAAUCAGACACUGGUGACACUGAGAGCCCUGCAGCUUCUCAUGCAGGUGCUCCUGCAGGUGUGGAAAGCACAGACUGGGAUUGCUCUGUAAACUGUGUUUCCAGUAGUGGAACACAGCACACACAUUUGAAGGAGGAUGGCCUUGAAUCUGAGCUGUCAGAUACUGAGAUUGUGGCAGGAGAAAGAUGGGCAGAUGAUUCUGAUUCUUCUGAUCUUGGCUUUGACUGGAAAGUCCUGGAAGCUGCAACACAACCAGAUGGCAGUGACAGAGGGGCAGAGCAUGGAGAGUCAGUGCAGCAAAAUGCAAGUUGCAAAACUGGUGCCUUGAGGAGCCACUCAGAGCUAGGAACAUAUGAACAUCCUACUCAUGAGGGAAAGGAUGAAGAGAGUGUCUUGGCUGUUGAAAGGGCUCUCAAAUCAGACUAUAUAAGGCAGGAAAGGGAUGUAAUGACUACUCCAGAAUUAAAGCCUGCCCUAAUUACAGUCUCUGUGGAAGAGAAAGGGUUACAGUCCCAAACACUGAAUGAUAACCUUCCUGUUGAAGUGGUAGCUGAAACAUUGGGAAAUGUAGUGAGCAAGGAUUUGAUGUCUCCUCAUACUGUCAGGAAAGCUCAUGGUGAGCCAGAGAGAGUUCUGAGUGAAUGCUGUAACUGUGAAGAACUAAUUCUGGCCACCCACCCCAUUCCUGGCAGUGCAGAGGUACUUUCUGGUAGGGAUACAACUGAAGUAAAACCAGAAAUUUCAGAAGAGAAAAGAGAGAAAACAGAAGUAGUUUCAUCCUCAGGGCUCACCUGUAGUAAUUCUGCAGUAGCAAGUGCAGAAUUGGAAUUCAGGAAUGUUGCUGUAGCAUUAGGCAGUGACAUACUUCCUGCAGAAAUUCAGACAGAUCCAUGUGAAAAAACACUUGUGAAAUCCCCCAGUGGAAGCAGUGUGGAGCUCCCUGAGGAUGAGCACUGCAGAGGAAGGCCACUGGUGACUGGAGCAGUGCCACUGGAAACCAGCAGCAGUGUAAGCAGUGUGUGCCAGGAAGGUGGUGCUGGUGUCAGCCUUGAAGGGCCCAGCACUGUAAAAUCACAGGGUAGAGGUGAUGUGAUGGCCUUUGAGGAAGAGCCCUGCAGAACAAAGAGGGGUUUUGAAUUCAGGAGAGAACAGUUAGCAAGGUCAGGCUUUGGAAACCUUGGAAGAAGCAAUGACCAGGUGUCUAAGGAAGAGGAAUUCAAAGCACAUGGAAGCACAGAGGAAGGUUUGAAUAUUACCAGGGCAGUGACAGUGGAAAUGAGCAGCAGUGUAAGCCGUUUGUGGCAGGGAGAUGGUGCUGGUGUCAGCCUUCAUUGGCCCAGCAUGGUCUCUGAACGAGCAGUAGGCAGGCGAGGAAAGGAAAGCUGUAAGGGCUCAAAGGAAGAAACAGGUAUUUGUGAAGAACCCUCUCCUAGGGAAGGAAAGGAGGCCUCUCCUGCAGAAGACACCUCUAGCCCCAGCAAAGACAAUGCACUCAGUCUGGAUGUAUCUGAUGUGUUUGAUGAUUCUCUGAACAGGGAGACCCACAGCACUUUCAUGCUGGGCCUGGACAACGUGAGUACCUGCAGCACUAACAGCGAGGAACUGGAUGAGAUCUCAUCCCACAUCCUGGGGAGUAACAGCAGUCUCCAUAAAGCUGUACAAAAGCCAACAAAGAAUGAAUAUAGUGGGAAAUCCUCCAGGUUUUUAGUAUUCCCAAAAAUGACAUCUUUCAGGAAAACUAAGCCUGCCUCAUGGGAAAGUCAGGGAAGCAGCAGUAUCUUUGGCAGCAAGGUAAAGAUGGAAGAACUGGAUGUUGGGAAAGAUGACGACGACACUGCAAGUUUACUGUCUUUCAAAAGUUGUUCAUCUGGUUUAGUCUUCCACAGGAAGGAAAGCUACACCUCUGAGUACUCCGAUGAUGAUGAUUUAUUUUAUGAGAGACCUGCAGGAUUUUUCAGACUGAGCCUGAGGAAGGCCUCUGGCUCUGGUCGGAUACUGAUGGAAGAUGCAGAUCGACACGUUUCAGGUUCAUCUGAAAACAAUGACAGUGAACCUGUGGAGCAUUCAGGGAUUAGAAAAUCAUGCCCUGAAAAUGAACACAAAAGAAACAAAACCCCUGAGGGUAAGAAGUUCAAGACAAGGUUGGCCUUGGCACACAAAUCCCUCUCAAGCUUAUUUGAGUCCAAAUGUCCAGAAAAGGAGAACACUGAACAAAGCUCAAAAGCGUCAGUGAAAAAUGAAAAGGAGAAAGUCAAAAUUCGCCAGAGCACCUGGAAAGCUUUUCUAAAGAGCAAGGAGGCAGAUGGACUAAAAAGGCCUGUCCUGAUAAGUUUAUCAUCCACACAGGAGGGUCUCAGUGCAACCAGUGGCCACGUGUUAACACCACUAGAGCAACAGUAUAGUUCCAAUAGACACACUUUUUUAAAAACAGAAAGAGAUAAUGGCUCUUCAACAGACUCCAACUAUUUUGACAGCUCUGUGGAGCCUCUUGAUGUCUCUUUACCUACACGUAUGUGGAGAAGACGAAUACAGUCCCAUGACUUGGGUAUCAGAUACUCACAGAAUUCAGAUUGUGAUGAACAGCAGGAGGUUCUGAGCAACAGUUUAAAUACUUCUCUUGAGGAAUACUGGAUUAAAACUCCAUUUAGCCCCCCUGACUUCCAGCUGGAAUUUAGUCAGUCAAGUCCAUCAUGUCCCCAGCUCUCCAAUUCUGAUGGUAAAGACAUGCCCUGUAGGCCCAUGAGUCCCAAACCUCAGAGCUCACGAUCCACUUCUCAGCACAGGACCUUUGGCUACCCCGGGCGCGUUUGCGCCGCUUCUACGCUCUCUCUUGGGAACAGCUCUGGAGUGGAAAGCAGUCUGGAGGCUCCUGAGAGGCCAAAGACACUGAAACCCAGGGGAAGUCUCUUACACUCGUUGGACGACUUCCAGAGGGAUGACAGUGGCAUAAGCAGUCAAUCCCAGAUCAGCUUAAACACAGCUUCUUCCAUUAGUGACAUGCUCCGAGACGAGUUUGUAAACCAGGAGUGUAAGCAGCUAUGCCAAUCAGCAGCUGGGAAGCGGCCCAAUAAGAAAUGGGUUCCCCAUCGCAAAAGGAGACCCCCCCGGGUGCCAGCCUGCCCCGUGGCCACCCUGGAGAGCAGAGCCCGCACGCUCUCCUGCCCUGCUCCCGAGGAAAAGGCCAAGGAGAUGCCAGAGAGGAGGAGGAAGAGACCCAAACCCCUCUAUAAGUGCUUCAGCUUCGAUGAUGUUUGGAUGGAGAGGAGUCAAAAAAGGAAGCUAGAGAAGGAGACACAGCCAGAGGGAGGGGUUCAGUUGCAACAUCUCCCACAGGACCCCUCAAAAGCUGGGAUAAGUCCAUCCAUCACAUCUCCUGUUGCCUUUGACAUCCUGCCCCUGAAGCUGCAUUCCUUUUCCAAGAGCACCCCGACAGGCCUGGACUGCGUGGGCUGCAAGCGGCGCAUCUCCGCUCCCGUGAUCACUGACGGAGGCCUGGACAAGACAGCCCUGACGGACGAUGUGGGCAGCGAGGAGGAUCUGUACGAGGAUUUCCGCAGCUCCACCCACCGCUACGGCCACCCCGGGGGCGGCGGCGAGCAGCUGGCCAUCAACGAGCUGAUCAGCGAUGGCAGCGUGGUGUACGCCGAGGCGCUCUGGGACCACGUCACCAUGGAUGACCAGGAGCUGGGAUUCAAGGCUGGAGAUGUCAUCGAAGUGAUGGAUGCCACCAACAAGGAGUGGUGGUGGGGCAGGAUUCUGGACAGUGAAGGCUGGUUCCCAGCCAGCUUUGUUCGGCUGCGGGUGAACCAGGAUGAGCCCAUGGAGGAUUAUCCCCUGAAGGUGGAGGGCGGCAGAGAGGAGGAUUCCCGGCGCUUCGGCAUGGGCCAGACCACCAAAGACCAGAUGAGGACCAACGUCAUCAAUGAGAUCAUAAGCACAGAGAGAGACUACAUCAAGCACCUGAAGGACAUUUGUGAGGGUUACAUUAAGCAGUGCCGCAAGAGAGCCGACAUGUUUACAGAGGAACAGCUGAAGACAAUCUUUGGGAAUAUUGAGGACAUCUACAGGUGCCAGAAGAAAUUUGUUAAAGCACUAGAGAAGAAAUUUAACAAAGACCACCCACAUUUGAGUGAGGUUGGAUCAUGCUUCUUGGAAUAUCAAACAGAGUUUCAGAUCUACUCCGAGUACUGCAACAACCACCCCAACGCGUGCCUGGAGCUGUCGCGCCUGGCCAAGGUCAACAAGUACGUUUACUUCUUCGAGGCGUGCCGCCUGCUGCAGAAGAUGAUCGACAUCUCCCUGGACGGCUUCCUGCUCACCCCCGUGCAGAAAAUCUGCAAAUACCCCCUGCAGCUGGCCGAGCUGCUCAAGUACACCAACCCCCAGCACAGGGAUUUCAAGGACGUGGAGGCUGCCCUGAACGCCAUGAAGAACGUGGCUCGGCUCAUCAACGAGCGCAAGCGGCGCCUGGAGAACAUCGACAAGAUCGCCCAGUGGCAGAGCUCCAUCGAGGACUGGGAGGGAGAAGAUGUCCUAGUCAGAAGCUCAGAACUCAUCUAUUCUGGGGAAUUAGCCAAAAUCUCCCACCCUCAAGCCAAGAGCCAACAGAGGAUGUUCUUUCUCUUUGAUCACCAGCUUGUCUGCUGCAAGAAGGACCUCCUGCGCAGGGACAUCCUGUACUACAAGAGUCGCAUCAGCAUGGAUGACAUGGAAAUCCUGGAUGUGGAAGAUGGCAAAGACAAGGACUUCAAUAUCAGUGUGAAAAAUGCAUUCAAGCUGCACUGCAGAGACACUGAGGAAGUCCAUUUGUUCUGUGCAAAAAAGCCUGAGCAGAAACAGCGCUGGCUGAAGGCGUUUGAGAAUGAAAGGAGGCAGGUGCAGCUCGACCAGGAGACAGGGUUUUCCAUCACGGAGGUGCAGAAAAAGCAGGCAAUGCUGAAUGCCAGCAAGCAGCACCAUGCUGGGAAGCCCAAGGCUGUCACCAGGCCCUACUACGAGUUCCUGCUGCGGCAGAAGCACCCCACGCUGCCCAGCACGCUCCCCCAGCAGCAGGUCUUCAUGCUGGCAGAGCCCAAGCGCAAGCCCUCGAACUUCUGGCAGAACAUCAGCAGGCUGACGCCCUUCCGGAAAUAGGGCAGCCCCUGUUUGUGCCUGAAGCCCUUUUGAGAAAGCACUUUAUCCCUCCCUGCUGGCAGGUGGAGCCCAGGUUCAGCCAGCCCUGUGCCCACAGAGGAUGGCACAGGUGCUCCUGCCUUCCCUAUUUAUUGUGCAGCCCGGCUGACCCGCUGGCUCCCAGGUGAGGCUGCGUGCAGCGGUGCCAGCCCUGCCCUGCCCAGCGGGCAAAGCUCCAGGAGCACACAGCAGGGAGCUGGACAGGCUGCAGCCCGAGAGAUUUACCUUGUCAGCUGUACUGGACUCACUCCUUCCCGCUGUGCCCACACUGCUGGCUGGCAGCUGCCACAGGCCAGGGCAGCCCGUGGACCCGCCGGCCCCGUGGCCGCUGCCGCGUUCACAACAGCUCCGAGUCCGUGGUGAGGAGGGAUGAACCUUCUGCUGUGCCCACCCCAUGCCCUGCAUUUCUCAGAGCUGUGAUCCUCCUCCACGUGUCCAGCUAACUCAGCAGCCUCUGCAGGCCCUCAGAGCACAGUGAGCACUGCACUGUGACCUCCUCCCUCCCUCCUUUAGCCCAGCAGCACCGGUGAGCGGUGCCCCACGUUAAACUGUGCCAACCUGCAGCAUGAGUCAAGUCGAAGAAUCUCUCUAGUGGGUUUGAGUUACAUAAGUUAGAGAAAAAUGUGCCUAAUUAAUACCAUAUUCAAUUCUUUAGAUUCUCGUCUCUCCAUCAUUCUGCCAUAUUUCCUGGCCAAUGAAAAUGCUCAUUGUUUGUAAUGUGUUUAUUUAUGGUAAAAAUCAGAACUGUGUAUUUUGUAAGUCUGUAAUUGUUCUUGUCAGAUGUUGUUAACUUGAUGCCUGUUUUGUCUGUUUAAUUUUUCUUUUCCUUUUUUUUUUUUUUAAAGAAAGGUCAAUAUUUGCAAACCUAGCUCCCAGAAGUCAGAGUCUGCUGUUCAACUCUGCAACGUCAUUGUUAUGAAAACUCCCACAGACCCUCAAAUUCAAGGAGUGUUACUGACACUUUUAAAAAUGGAAAACCACUUGAUAAAGGCCUAAAUUUGGCAUAAAGAGCCUCACUUUAAGUACCCAAGUUUCAAAUGGUGGCCAAAAAGAAUGAAUUUAAACCUUGGUUAGCAAAAAGAAAGAUUUGCCUUACCAUAGUGAGAGUUAGAAGCCAUACUGACUGAAUUCCCUAGAUUAGGAGACAUCCUGUGACAGUGGAAGGAAGACACUGGCUCAUUCCAGCUCAAGUGUGAGUGAGCACUAACUGUCUGCAGAGCUCAGAAAUCCAGUGUUUGUUGAUGCUGUAGCUGACCAAAGUCUGGUCAUCCAGGGAUAUCUGAAUUCAGUAGCAUGUACAAAGUCCUUCUUGCACUAUAUCUUCCCCCCAGACCAGGGGCAACAUUUAAUUUCAUAAAGAAACUUGUAAAAGUGACUCUCAGCCUGUGUUUGUCUCCAGCCCGUCUAUCUGUGUGAAGCUGUUUCUUUCCAAAGCUGCUGUGGGGACUGUUCUCCUGCAGCUCCACCAGGGGCUGCUCAGCCACAGGGGCCCUGCCAGGAGGUGACCCCAGAGCAGCCAUCCCAGCUGUGGGGACACAGGGACCGAGCAGAGGGGUCACUCUCUGCUCUGGGGGGGACACUGGGUCAAUGCUGGGGGGAGAGGGGGGCAAAAGGAGAAAAAAUUAAAGUAUUCUCUAAGAAGUCACUGAGAUGAGGCAGUUACAGCAGUAUUAGCACAACUUACACACACAGACACCAAGAGACACAGACAUGGGGACACUGAAGGACACCCAGAGACACACUGAGGCACUGCCAGGUGUGCACAGACACCCACGGGGGGAGAUGGUGACCAAGAGACCCUGACACACAGACACACACACAGAGCUAUGUCAGCCAGCUGCAGCCAGCACCACCCAGCACCAGAAGGCAAUUGUCAUUUCUGUGUUUACCCUAAGUGUCUGCACCCUCCUUUCCUUAUCCAUGGCAUGUCUGUUUUGAUUGGCCAGGAAGAAAAGCUGUUGGCACUGAUGUUAUCAAUUUUCUGAGCUUAUCAUCAGCUUUGUAGUAAGUGGAGGGGGGUAGAGGGGCAGAGGACAAUCCUCUCCCCAGCACAGAUCCAGGAUCACACCCCACACUGAGCAUGGCCAGCUGUGACAGGUUGCUCAUAGUCCGGUCCAGUUGCUAUCUGGGUUGACUCAAGGAUGGAGAUUCUCCUCAAAGCUCUUUGUAUCCCUCUCAAAAGCACUCUGUCCCCAGUGUGAAGGAAGUGCUGACAUCUGUUCAGAGCUCCCCUGGCUGCAAUGUCUGAUCUGGUCUUAGGCAGAAUGUUGCUUAGUACACUCAGCAUUACAUCUACAAUGAAGGCACUCUGGUAGAAAUCCUCACCUUCUCUCCCAAGGGAAAUGGGGUGACAGUGGCACAGGACCUGGAGUGCAGCAGCUGUGAAGUGCAACAACCCUGCCCUUCCUCCCCCCUGAAACACACACAGGAAUUGGCUGAUACUACUUGCCAGUGUAGCAAUACUCUGAACAGUCAAUAUGCAUCCAGUGGUUGAAAUAAUCAUCAUUUAUCAGCUCUUCCAGAACUGGCUGCACCUCUGACCAGUGCACACAAAGGAUUUACAGAGACACUUUUUUACAGACAUUUCUGAAGUGCCAAACCAGACUUCUCUGGCCAGACAGCAUCCCAGUCACUGGGCAGUUAAUUACUUCUGGAAGAAUUCUACUCUCCA